AUGGCUUCCACUUCCGCUUUACCAGCCAUCAAAAUUGAUGUCAAUUAUAAAGAAAUUAGUGAAGGUGUUAAAGAUUUUUUACAACAUUUUAAAUCAACAGGUUUAUCAGAAAGUGAUAAAUUAUAUGAUGCUCAAAUUGAUCAAAAUGCUUUACAAGGUGAUGAUGAUGAUGAAUUAGAAGAUGAUCGAAUGGAAAUUUUAAGAAAUGGUCCGAAAUACUUAUAUCUUUUACAAAAAAUUGCAAAUAGAGAUUUAUCAACUUUAUAUAUUGAUUUAGAUGAUAUUCAAUCAUUUGAAUUAUCAAAUGAUUUUACAAUAGGUACACAAAAUUUUGGUAAAAAAUCACUUGUUGAAAAUAUAACACAAAAUACAUAUCAUUAUAUUGAAUUAUUUUCAAAAGUUAUUGAUGAAAUUAUGCCUUUCCCAACAAAAGAUAUUAGUUAUAAAGAUGGUGUAUUAGAUGUUAUUUUACAUCAAAGAAGAUUAAGAAAUCAAAGAUUAGAAGCUGAACGUCGUGAAGAAUUAAAUGCAAAUAACAACAACAAUAACAACAAUGAUCUUGAUCAAGAACAACAAAAUCAAUUAAAUGAAGAUCAAGCUUUCCCUCCAAGCUUAACUCGUCGUUAUAAUAUUUAUUUUAGACCUUUAACAAACUCUUCACAAAAUUCUAAAAUUUCAAAUAAAGCUUUAGCUGUGAGACAAGUUAAAGGCUCUUCAUUAGGUCAAUUAAUCACCGUGAGAGGUAUUGUAACAAGAGUUUCAGAUGUUAAACCAUCAAUCACAGUUAAUGCAUAUACUUGUGAUCAAUGUGGUUAUGAAAUUUUCCAAGAAAUUAAUUCUAAAACUUUUACUCCAUUAGCAGAAUGUACAUCGGAACAAUGUGUUAAUAAUCAAUCAAGAGGUAAAUUAUUCAUGUCAACAAGAGCUUCAAAAUUUUCUCCAUUCCAAGAUGUUAAAAUUCAAGAAUUAGCUUCCCAAGUCCCAGUUGGUCAUAUUCCAAGAACUUUAAACGUUCAUGUUAAUGGUGAUCUUGUAAGAUCUAUGGACCCGGGGGAUGUUGUUGAUAUUGCUGGUAUUUUCCUUCCAGCUCCAUAUACUGGGUUUAGAGCUUUAAGAGCUGGUUUAUUAACUGAGACUUAUCUUGAAGCUCAAGCUAUAAGACAACAUAAAAAAAAAUAUGAUCAUAGUGUCCUAGAUGAAGAAACUGAAAGACAAUUAAAUAGUAUUAAUCAAUCUGAUGGGUUUUAUAAUAGAUUAGCUCAAUCUAUUGCACCAGAAAUUUAUGGUCAUGAAGAUGUUAAAAAAUCUUUAUUAUUAUUAUUAGUUGGUGGUGUUGAUAAAAAAAUUGGUGAUGGUAUGAAAAUUAGAGGUGAUAUAAAUAUUUGUUUAAUGGGUGAUCCGGGUGUUGCUAAAUCUCAAUUAUUGAAAACAAUUGCUAAAAUAACACCAAGAGGUGUUUAUACCACAGGUAGAGGUUCUUCAGGUGUUGGUUUAACUGCUGCGGUUAUGAAAGAUCCAAUUACUGAUGAAAUGGUUUUAGAAGGUGGUGCUUUAGUUUUAGCUGAUAAUGGUAUUUGUUGUAUUGAUGAAUUUGAUAAGAUGGAUGAAAGUGAUCGUACUGCAAUUCAUGAAGUUAUGGAACAACAAACUAUUAGUAUUUCAAAAGCUGGUAUUAAUACAACAUUAAAUGCUCGUACUUCAAUUUUAGCUGCUGCAAAUCCCCUUUUUGGUAGAUUUAAUCAAAAAUUAUCUGCAUUAGAAAAUAUAAAUUUACCUGCUGCUUUAUUAUCAAGAUUUGAUAUAUUAUUUUUAAUCUUGGAUAAUCCAACAAGAGAUGAUGAUGAAAGAUUAGCUCAACAUGUUGCUUAUGUUCAUAUGCAUAAUAAACAUCCAGAAAUGGAAUUUGAACCAUUAUCACCAACAACUAUAAGAAAUUAUAUCACCAAGGCAAGAUCUUUUAGACCUGUUGUCCCGCAAGAUGUUGGUGAAUAUGUUGUUAAUUCUUAUAUUCGUUUAAGACAAGAAUCAAAAUUAAAAUCCAAAAGUGGUGAAUCUGCAUUUGGUCAAGCUACACCAAGAUCUUUAUUAGGUAUAUUAAGAAUGUCACAAGCUUUAGCACGUUUAAGAUUUGAUAAUGUUGUUUUGACAGAUGAUGUUGAUGAAGCUUUAAGAUUAUUAGAAGUUGCAAGAUCAUCAUUUGAAAUUAAUUCAAAUCAUAAAAGAAAUCAUGAAUCACCAAAGACAAAAAUUUAUCAAAUUAUUAAAAAUUUAGCAACAAGAGAUGAAGUUUUCAAGAAAACUUUAUCAAUUCAAUUAAUUAAAGAUGCUGUUAUCUCAAGAGGUUUUACUGAAUUACAAUUGACUGAUUGUUUAGAUGAAUAUAAUACUUUAGGUAUAUGGCAAUAUAUUAAUGAUGGUGAAGAUUUAUAUUUCUUAAAUAAUGCUGAUGGUGAUGCAUUAGAUGAUGAUUUAUUUAUGGAUUAA